GAUAGCUCCGAACUCAAGACUUCAACGUGUUCUACCCUGUUCGAAGCUUAUCAUCCCACCGAGAGCGAGUCUACACGGAUUUCCAAGGGAACCUGACGUUUUUCACGCCCCGUCACCAUGUCUUUCGGCGGCCAAACACCCACUAUCGUGGUCCUGAGGGAGGGAACCGAUCAGUCCCAGGGCAGAGGUCAAAUCAUAUCCAACAUCAACGCCUGUCUUGCCGUACAAUCAACGAUAAAAUCGACGCUCGGUCCAUAUGGCGGGGAUCUGUUGUUAGUGGAUGAAAAUGGAAGGCAGACAAUCACAAACGAUGGCGCAACAGUCAUGAGGCUUCUCGACAUCGUUCACCCCGCAGCACGCGUUCUCACGGAUAUUGCACGCUCACAAGAUGCCGAAGUCGGUGACGGCACAACCUCUGUGGUUGUCCUGGCUGGUGAAAUAUUGAACGAGAUCAAGGACUACGUGGAUCAGGGUGUCAGCAGUCAAACCAUCAUCAAGGGCCUGCGGAAAGCCUCGAACUUGGCGGUCAAUAAGAUAAUGGAGAUUGCCGUGGAUACUGCGGAGCACAACCAGAGGGAAACAUUGCAGAAGCUUGCCGCGACUGCCAUGAGCAGUAAGCUGAUUCACCGUAACUCUGCAUUCUUCACGAAGAUGGUCGUCGAUGCCGUUCUCUCUCUGGACCAGGACGACCUCAACGAGAAGCUUAUUGGCAUCAAGAAGAUUACUGGUGGUGCUCUACAAGACUCCCUUUUCGUUAACGGUGUUGCAUUCAAGAAGACCUUCUCAUAUGCCGGUUUCGAGCAACAGCCCAAGACCUUCGAGAACCCUAAGAUCGUCUGCCUGAACGUGGAACUAGAGCUUAAGAGCGAGAAGGACAAUGCGGAGGUGCGAGUUGAGCAAGUCUCGGAAUACCAGGCCAUCGUCGACGCUGAGUGGCAGAUCAUCUUCAACAAGAUGGAGGCGCUCUACAAGACGGGUGCCAAGGUCGUUCUCAGCAAACUUCCCAUCGGAGAUUUGGCCACACAAUACUUCGCCGACCGAGAUGUGUUCUGCGCCGGUCGAGUUGCCGCCGACGAUUUGGAACGCGUAUGCCAAGCCACCGGAGCGAGCAUCCAGUCGACAUGCUCGGACAUUCAGGAGAAGCACCUCGGUACUUGCGAGAAGUUCAACGAGCGACAGAUUGGUGGCGAGCGAUUCAACUUCUUCGAGGGCUGCACUGCAGCAAAGACGUGCACACUCGUGCUCCGUGGCGGUGCCGAGCAGUUCAUUGCUGAGGUCGAGCGCAGUCUGCACGAUGCCAUCAUGAUUGUCAAGCGCGCCAUCAAGAACAGGAGCAUCGUUGCUGGAGGUGGAGCCUGCGAAAUGGAGAUCUCCGCUUACCUUCACGCCUUUGCCGACGAGUCCGUCCGCAGCAAACAACAACCCAUCAUCAAGGCCUUCGCCAAGGCUUUGGAGGUGAUCCCCAGACAGUUGUGCGAUAACGCCGGUUUCGAUGCCACAGAUAUCCUCAACCGCCUGCGAGUGGAGCACAGGAAGAACCACAACAUCUGGGCUGGUGUCGACUUCAUACACGAGGGUGUUGCCAACAACAUGGAGACCUUCGUGUGGGAGCCUAGCUUGGUGAAGAUCAACGCUAUACAGGCAGCUACCGAGGCAGCUUGCUUGAUCUUGAGCGUUGACGAGACGAUUAAGAACCAAGAAUCGGCCCAACCGAGCGCACCCAACCAGCCCCUACCUCCGGGCGCCGCUCAGCGAGCACUCGGCAUGAGAGGACGUGGACGCGGCAUGCCCAGGCGGUAAAGAAGAAACAAUUCAAUUCAAUCAACCGUUUCCUCACUAAGAACGAGGGGCGUUGUUGUUCAGGGGUGUGGGAAAGCAAAACAAAAUUUUUAAAGAACUUGACGCUGAGUUAAUGUAUACCACUGAGCAGAUGCAGGCAGGCAGACAUACACCCCCGCCGUAUAUUAGAUUCUGGACAUAGAAUUGCUACACACACAUCCCGAAUGAAAUGAAAAGAUACUGAAUGAAC